CCCCGGCUCUUCUUAUAAGCGGGGCCGGGCUGCUACCCACCUCCAGGUUCCGCACCCCACGCCGCCCGCCCAACCACACGAAUCCGAACCGGGAGCUCAACUGCCCGAGAUGGCGGCGGCGCCGUCCCCCUCCGUCCCCGCCUGCGGCGACCUCCCCGCCGCCGUCUCCGCCUUCGCCGACGCCUUCGUCGACUUCGCCGUGUCCGGCAUCUUCUUCCCGACCUCCUCCUCCUCCGCCGCCGCCGCAGCCGCCAAAUCAUCACCUCCUCCUGCCCCGACGGCCCCGACCACCUUCCUCCCGUCCCCGUCCCGCCUCGUCGCCAUCGGGGACCUCCACGGCGACCUCCCCAAGUCCCUCUCCGCGCUCCGCCUCGCCGGCCUCGUGCCCGCGUCCACCGGCCCCGACUCCCCCUCCGCCGCGACCUCCUGGGCCGCGGGGCCCACCCUCGCCGUCCAGCUCGGCGACAUCCUCGACCGCGGCGGCGACGAGAUCCGCCUCCUCUACCUCCUCCGCCGCCUCGCCCUCUCCGCCGAGGCCCGCGGCGGCGCGCUCCUCCCCAUCCUCGGGAACCACGAGGUCAUGAACGUCUCCGGCGACUUCCGCUUCGCCACGCCGCAGGGCCUCCAGGAGUUCUCCGCCUGGGCAGGGUGGUACCGCGCGGGGCUCGCCAUCAAGCGCCGCUGCGGCGAGCACCUCGACCGGCAGCCCAGGAACCCCUUCCUCGGCGUGCCCAAGUCCUUCCCCGGUGUCAAGCCGGAGUUCUGGGACGGGAUGCGCUCGCGCCUCGCCGCGCUCCGGCCAGACGGGCCCAUUGCGCGCCGCUUCCUGGCCGACCUCCCCACCGUGCUUGUGGUGGGCGACUCGGUGUUCGUCCACGGGGGGCUCCUCGAGGCCAACGUCGAGUAUGGCCUGGAGCGCAUCAAUGCCGAGGUCAGCGAGUGGAUCCGCGGUGAGGGCGGCGAAAAUGCAAGGGCGCCUGAGUAUGUGCGCGGCCGGGACGCUGUGGUCUGGCUCAGGAGGUUCUCUGAUGGCUUCGAUUGCGACUGCCAGAAGCUGGAGGGGGUGCUUGGGAUGAUCCCGGGGGCGAAGAGGAUGGUGAUGGGGCACACAAUUCAGACAGUGGGGAUCAAUGCCGUGUGUGGCGCACAGGCGGUGAGGGUUGAUGUGGGGCUGUCAAAGGGGUGUGGGAAUGGGCUGCCGGAAGUGCUUGAGAUCAAUGGGGGUGGCUCAGAAGUUAGGGUGAUCACGACACCUCCCUCGGAGGCCUGGAUGUACCGGAAGCAAGAUGCGGAGAAGGCUGCUGCGACGGUGAAGGAGAAGAGAGGGGAGGUGAAGGACGGGCUUGCAUUGCUGGUAAGAGAGAGCCAUGGGUUGAAAGAGGUAGAGGCUCAGGCUUAAUUUGGGGGUAACUCGAGGGUAGGGAUUGUUUUGGUAACUCAAAAUUGGGAUUGCCAUGGUGAAUUUGGGUGGGGUACAUGAGACUAGGUGUGGGAGGGAUUGGUUGUAGGAAUUGCUAGUGGAUUCGAUAACGGUAUCCAUGAAGGAAAGGAAAAUCUGCCAUGAUUUUUGUUAAUUGUCAAGAUAUGAUAGUCGAUUACCGAUUAUAACAAUAGUUAUUGGCCACCUUUCGCAGCUAGAAUAUUCUCUUUCAGUUGUGUGUUUCCCCAAUGUUUCAUUGCUCCUGAUAGCUAUUGGUCAAUUUUUGCUGCUAGAA